AACCCUAACCCUAAAACCUUGAGCAUUUCCCUUCUCCCAUCCACACACUCCGCCGCCAUCAACUGAGUGAUUCAAUCGGACUCUGCAAUGGCCCCAAUCCGACCAAAUCCGACACUUUCCGACGAUCUCAUCAGCGAGAUUCUCGUUCGCGUGCCAGUGAAAUCUUUACUCCAGUUCCAAUUAGUCUCCAAGACCUGGCUUUCCCUGAUCAAAGACCCGGGUUUCGUCAAAGCGCAGCUCCGCCGAGCAAUCGCAACCGAAACUGAUCAAACCCUUAUCAUGACCCGCGAGACAUAUUUGACAGAUACCGAAAAUGCUACACUGAAAUUCUCAGUCUUUGACGUUGAUUCUCGUCAAAUCCGUAUACUCAAGGCGAGUCUGAACAAGUAGGUCCUGCUUUUACACUUGUCGGUUCUGUUAACGGCAUUGUUUGUGUUGUAUUUGACCACAAUUUAAGCGAACAGAGUUUCUAUCUUUGGAAUCCUGCUACUAGACAAUCAAGAGUUGUUCCGGCAUGUGCCUUGAGUACUUCCCGCGCUUUGGGUUUCGGUUAUGAUCCGGUAGAUGAUGAUUAUAAGAUUGUUAGUGUGGUAUCGGGGCCUUCGCUUCCUACUGAGGUGUAUUCGGCUAACAGGAAUGUAUGGCGAAAAGUUCCUGAUGAGGAUUAUAAGAUCGUUAUGUCUGGAAUCGACUUUUUAGGCAAUUUUAAUGUGUGUGUUAACGGAUUAUUAUUUGGUGUCAAGAAAGAUGCAUUAAUGGUGUUUGAUUUGAACACGGAGGUGUUGAAUUGUGCUAUUAAGCUCCCUCGUGAUGUUGCUGCUGCUAUUGCAGCUGCUCGUGCGGUUACUGCUGCUGCUGUCGGUGGUCUCAACAUUGUCAACUCUUAUGAAGCUCAUCCUAAAACUCGUAUCAUCGAGUAUAAUAAGUCUGUUGCUGUUAUAAUGCUGUGGGCUAAUGCAUUGAAUGAUGAUAGGACUGGUAAGGGAUUCAACAAGGCGAUUAAUAUGUGGAAGUUGGAAGAUGAAUCAUGCCUUCGAGGUGGUGGAGUUGAGGCAUCAUGGACGCUAAUGUUUAGUAUUGAUUUAGCGAUGCCAACAGAACUUUUUAAUGGCUAUUUCAGCAAUGGGGAUCUCCUACUACUGAUAGGAUAUGAAGAUUACAGGUGGAUCUCGUGUAAUGCCAGGAAGAAAGAGGCUAGGAUUGCUCGAGUUUAUAUAUUGGAAGAUCAUCGUUACACUCGUUAUCUUUACAGGUACACGGAGAGCCUAGUUUCACUCGCAGGAUUCAAACAAAUUAGCUGGAAUCGUGGCUAUGGUGAUAAUUAAAGAAACACCGCUAUUCUGGUAUCUCUAUGCUAUAUUAUAUGUCUUGUUAGUUACCUUUGGUCUGUUAUUUUAGUCACUUUUGAGAGAUGGCUGUAUUUCUUUGCUCUUGAUAGAUGUGUUGUCAACUUUCCAUCUGUACUUCAGUAGACUUGUUCUAAUGAACUUUCUAUCAGUUAAUUAAGGCAUCGGAAGCCGACUUGUUAUAAUGUUCGUGCAAGCUGAUAGAUUUUCAUCAACUGUGUUGGGUAAGAUGUUUCUUGCUAGCCUAGUGCUCGUUUUUUCUAUAUGAACUUUGGUGUUGUUGAUCUUUUAUUAGCCACAUUUGUAUCAGUAUAGGGAUC